UUAUUGACAUCGAACUCUUAAGUGAAGUAGUUAUGACUCUUUUAGAGUCUAUGCCGCAAGAACUGCAUCUAAAUUGUAAAAUAAAUAUUGGCCAUCCAAUUGAAGAUCUUACAAAUAUCACCAAUAAUAUUGUUAAUUUGAUUGAAGAUGCCGACAAAUACAACUGGAAUUAUCAUCGUUCAUAUAUAAGUAGGAAUACGACUACAUAUUGGUAUUACUGUUCUCAAAGAAAUACUUUGGCAUCUAAACCAUGCAAGCAUCUAGACAUGUCAAAACAACGGGACACUCCAUCUAAAGAACGAUUUGACUGCGGCGGUAUAUUAAAAAUUGCAAUUAACGAAGCUACACAAACAGCUAAAAUUAGCCUUUAUCAUAAAAAUUUGCAUGCACCACCAAUCAAUAUAGCAGUGUCACAAAACAUAAAAGACUUUAUUAAAACAAAUAUCAACCUUCUGCCAAGAGAAAUUUAUGCACGGUUGAUUAAUGAGAAUUUGAUAGAU